AUGGAGACCUCAUUGGAGGACCCGACGUUUCUCCACCAUUACAUCACCUGUCUGUCGACGAAUGUUGGAAUUCUCAUCGCGUCCGUUCUAUUUGGACUCAUUGUCUUCGUAUGGACACAUCGUCAGCGUCUGGAGGGAGAAGACGCGCUCAAUAUCCCGGGCUGUGUUCGCUUUGGUUUGUAUGACCGCAGCAACCUCCGCACCAAGGAUGACUCACUAGUCAACACACUUCCAGAAGAUCAAAAGCCUCGGAUUCAGGCCCUCUUCACCUACCCCAUCAAGUCAUGUCGAGGAGUCGAGCUAUCAGGAUCGGAAGUCACCGGACUCGGAUUGAAGCACGAUCGCAUCUUCUCCUUCGCGCAAGAGUUGAAAGUAGAUCCCGAGAAAAGCGGUAGUGCAACUCGUCAAUGGCGAUUCAUCACCCAGCGCGAGCGACCUCAAAUGGCGCUCAUCACGACGGAGCUGUGGGUUCCGGGACCUCGAUUACAAGCAUCCUCUGAAGAUGAAGACUCUACCGGAGGCCUUGCGGCAAACCAGCAGGACAACGACUGGGCUACCCAUGGAGGAUGUUUGGUUGUCCGCUUCCCGAGCAUCAAAUCCAUCUUCGGCAUCAAAUUCACCGAAACAAUAACCAUCAAACUCCCCCUCAGUCCAACAGCACAGCGCGCGGAGUCUGCAGGCUACUUUCUCGAGCCCCUCAUUAUCUGGAAAGACUGCCCUCUAGCCCUCAACAUGACAUCCGAAAUCGCCCUCACCAAGCUCGUCAAGCUCAAGCAAUUCCUCGGGAUAUCCAACCCCAUUGCCCUCUUCCGAAUCGAAGAGACAAACAACCUCCGCACCAUAACCCGCAGCCUCCCAGCAGACAAGACCUCCAAGCCAUACCCCGUAGGAUUCGGCGACGCAUUCCCCGUCUCCCUCCUCAAUCUCGCCUCGGUCCACAGCGUAGACACCGACCUCCCAGGAACAAGCAAGCUGAAACAUUCCCUCGACGCAAGAAGAUUCCGUGCAAACAUCUACAUCACCGGUCCACCUGCUUUCGAGGAAGAUACCUGGAGACGCAUCAACAUCUACCGUUCUUCAAGAGAAGAUGUCCUGGAACGUAACAUCGGCCGUGCUUCAAAAGGAGAUGUCCUUGAAAGUGGGACAUAUCACAUCGCUUGUCGUACAGCUCGAUGCACACUACCGAACGUCGAUCCAGUUUCCGGAGUGCGAGAUAAGAGCGAACCAUUCGAGACGUUGAAGCGGACGAGAGUGGUUGAUGAGGGAGCCAAACCGCAUUCCUCGUUGGGGAUGAGUGUAUUGCCUUUGUUCGAGAAGGGGGUUUUGAAGGUAGGGGAUAGGGUGGAGGUUCUGGAGAAAGGGGAGCAUGUUUAUGAGAAGAUGUUCAAUUGA